CGGCCGCCAUUACUGCACAUCAAGAUUGAGUCAUGGACGCCCGUACCAGUGCCCAGGACGUGAUGCGAUGUGACCUGUGCGAGAUCGAAGUGGUACAGAUGCACUGUGAUACAUGUCUUGUUAACCUGUGUAAGGCCUGUGUGGGAGAACACUUUUCUGCUGAUCUCUCAAAACCUCAUAAAAUUGUUCACUUUAAGGACAAAAAGUCAACUCUUAUUCACCCCAGAUGCACCUCUCAUGAUGAAGAAACGUGUGAGAUGUUCUGUACCCAGUGUGAUGUUCCUAUCUGUACUAUUUGUCUUGCCUCGGAUCAACAUCUUGGACAUAAACUAGCAAGGGUCCUGGAAAUUCGAGACAAGAAAAGGGAUAAUCUCGUCAAAAAACAAACUGAACUGAAAGAAAAGAUAUAUCCAAACUACCAGGACAAUGCCUCUGAUGUACAAAACAGAAUGAGUCAGUUAGAAAAGGGAUAUGGAGAUCUCUCAACAGCCAUAACAAAACAUGGAGAGCACUGGCACAGAGAAAUUGACAAACUUGUCAAGAAACUUAAAGCUGAAGUUGAUGAGAUGAAAAACACACAGUUACAAACUCUACAGAAACAUCUGGAUAAAAUAAACAAGACAAUGUCUGACAUCGAGGAGGAAAUCAAAUCAGUUGAUAGUGUUCUGGAAUCUACAGACAUUUCAAGUCUAUUCAGUCUGUCUUCCACCCUAGAUGAGUAUAGAAAGCUUCCAAAAAAAAUUACAGUUUCCAUUCCUAAAUUUAUCCCAAAGAAAUUACAGGCAGACCAACUGUUUAGUUUGAAAACAAUUUCGUUAAAAUCAGAUGAACAUGACGACAGCAUGAAGACAACACAGAAAUCACCAGAAGCUGGAUCCUCUCCUCCAGUCAAACAGCUGCUUGAUGAACCAGAGACUGUCACCACCAUAGAUACUGGGUAUGGAGAACUUUACAAUGUGGCCUGUCUGAGUGAUGAAGAAAUCUGGACAAGUGGAAAUGACAACACCAUGAAACUCUACAGCAUCAAUCAGGGAUCACUACUCAAGUCAAUCACAACCAAGUCAGGGAACAAACCAUCUGACAUAGCAGUGACAAAAAGUGGAGAUCUAGUUUAUGCUGCUGAUAGAACUGUGAACAUUGUGAAGAAUGAGAAGAUAGAGGAAGUGAUCAGAUUACAGAAAUGGAUACCUCAAGGUGUCUGUAGUACCUCCUCUGGUGACCUCCUGGUUAUCAUGCUCAGUGUUGAUGAAAAACAAACAAAAGUUGUCCGUUACUCUGGCUCCACAGAGAAACAAACCAUUCAGUUUGAUGAUAAACGUAAACCUCUCUAUUCAUCUGGUCCUUAUUACAGAUACAUAACAGAAAACAGAAACCUGGAUAUCUGUGUGUCUGACAGUGAAGCUAGAGCAGUAGUGGUGGUCAAUCAGGCCGGGAAACUGAGAUUCAGGUACAGUGGAUAUACUUUUACUCCAAAGAACAAACCAUUCUAUCCACGAGGAAUCACCACAGACAGUCAGAGUCACAUCCUUACAUCUGAUUAUUACAAUGAGUGUGUCCACAUCAUAGACCAGGAUGGACAGUUCCUCCGUAAAAUAGACUGUGGACUGCGUGAGCCCCAGGAACUGUGUACAGAUACAAAUGACAAUCUGUUUGUUGUUCAGUAUGGAAAAAGACAAGUGAUGAAAAUUAAGGUGGUAUGGGAUACCAAACGAAAUUUCUCCUAUAUGGGUCAUUAUCAAAAUAUGCAUACUUUCGUGCCAGUAUCAAUUUGAAGGUGAAAAAAUGAUGUUUGGGGAAAAAUAAAAAGUUUCAUAGAGUUUACGAAUACCUUAACUUUUUCUAUGAACACAAAAAUUUACAAUUUCAUU